UUCCUUCCGUCGCAUACUUUAAAAAUAGUUUUGUACAAGAUCGCUUUGCUCUGUCGAGCAUCGCCGCUCUGGUGCAAUACCCCUAGGACAUACAGUUUUUGAUCUUCUAGGGAAUUGCCAGCCCAAAAAAACAUUCAAGAUGUCGUAAGCUCGGAGGAGCUUUUCGCUCGUUCUGGCAUACAAUGACCAGUUAUGAUCGACACUCAUCAUUUGAUUCUCCCUAUCGAACCGGUCGCCAUGUGCCUCUUAACAGACAAGAUACUCUUACAUCGGUAGCUACUGCUUCGGAAUCUCGCGCUGAUAUUACAUCCCCAUACGUCGACGAAUUUGGCCGACUAACUAGUGGCGCGGAUGGUACAACAUACUCAGGCGUUGGUAUCCCGGUGGCGUCACCUCUCUCUCCCAAUACUAACGGCCCAUACUCUCCUGGAUUACGAUCUCUUAACGCCCGUCAAAAUAGCAAGGAUGAUGGAUUUGAAACUGUCAGUAGCCCUGGUGAAAUUCCGAUGCAAUCGUUUGCCAAUGGUGCGCCUCCGGCACCUCCGGCGGCUCAUUCCUGGCGACGGAUCGAUACCUGGGCCGAAGAGAACUACCCAGAGCUAUAUGAUCAGCUAUGUGAAGGAUGCACAACCAACGAUCUGAACGAAUUGGAACAUCAAUUGGACUGUUCGCUACCUCAGGACGUUAGAGACUCCUUAGCGGUUCACGAUGGGCAGGAACGGGGGGGUAAUCCGACUGGAAUCAUUUUCGGCUCUAUGCUUCUUGACUGCGAAGAGAUCGUUCAAGAAUGGGACCAGUGGCGAAGGGUUAAUCAACAGUAUCUUCUCGAUACUGCGGUUUCGAAACCUGCAGCUCCUUCAAAGGCAUUCGGUGGCAGCAGCCAGGCAUCCUCAUCCAAGUCCGCUCCCGGCUCUCCCAGUUCCCAUGGGUCGCAGAAAGAGUCCUGGAGACAAGAUCUUCAGUCUCGUCAGGAUUGUGUUCCUCCGGGAGCGGUUCAGCGAGCGUAUGCACACCCCGCUUGGAUUCCUCUUGUGCGAGAUUGGGGUGGAAACAACCUUGCUGUCGAUCUUGCACCUGGUCCAAAUGGUAUUUGGGGCCAAAUUAUCCUCUUCGGCCGAGAUUACGAUACGAAGUAUGUCGUGGCAAGAUCCUGGGCAGCCUUCCUGUCUGUGGUGGCAGACGAUCUUAACAGUGGAAAAUGGUUUGUAGACGAGGAUACUCAAGAGCUCAAACUUCGCGAGUUUAAGUCGACUCGUGUUGAGCCGUCUUACUUCGACAUCCUGAGGUGGAGGAUGGAUCAGAAGCACGGCCGCGGCGCCAAAGCCGCUGCCAAGCGCAGAUCACAGAUGCUAGGCGUUCCUACCUCUCCCGGAGGCUCACCUUAUAUAAAUCCGGCAGAUGGGGAGCCACGUGGUCGUACCAUGCAACGUCUAAGCAGCCCGUCGCCUCUGGUUAGUCCCAACCGUCCGGGCUUUGGGAAGUCGAGUCCUCUUGCACGAGUUGCAGAGGAAGCAGCUGGCUCAGCAUCUAAGCCCAGCACUAACGGUACUUCCCAGCCCAAGCUUGUGGAGGUCGAGACCCCUCGUCCUAGCGGUGAGACACCUAAGUUCCCGUCAGUAGCAGAGGCCAAAGGAAAGGAUGUGACACCACCAGACUCCACGAAAGCCAAUAGCACCGAAAGCGAGGAUCUGGAAGAAGGGAUGAAGACCAUUGAGAUCUGAUAUGAAAGUUCUACGACCGACAACGAUAUGCAUUGUAAUACGACGACUACUUAAUAGACAGCAAAAGGGAGGCGUUCAAGGGUCGAAACCGGUGCAGGUCGGCAUUGCCAAUAAUUUCGGCAGAGGGGCUCGUGUCUUACAGCUUUCUGGUCAUUCACUCGCCUAAGGACUUACGGUCAAGGGCGAGGCUAAGCGGCUGCAUCUGGGUUUCGUUAAUGAAGAUGGAGAUGGCGAAGCGGCCAGAUGUUUGUAUAGUUGGUUAGCAAACCUCUGAGGGGUAGGGCCGCAUUUUGUUGAUGCAGUAGCAUUUUCAAAUGGGGGUUUAAGUAUGUGUAGAGGCUGCGAUGGAGAGAUUCGAGCUACCGACAAUGAAUAAGAAGUAGUAAGAGGAGGAGGCGUUCAGGAAGACUCUAACGUCGAGUCUCCCAGGCGUUGGGUGGUAAAGCACAU